AUGUCCACAUCCCAGCCCACCUUUCCUCCAAAUUCACGUCGUCACAUCCCCUAUCUCUCAUUCCACAAAACACUGAUCCGGCAGAUAUGUCGACCGCAGCAGGACGAUUUGGUGAUACUAGCCAAGGGAUUGGGUCUGCGGAGGAUAGUCUGUGCACUGCUGAAGACAUACGAUAGGAAAGAAGAUCUGGUUCUUGUGGUGGGCACUACGCCCGCGGACGAAGCUGGGAUAGGAGAUGAGCUGGGUAUUAUGGGUGUGAGAGAUCCGGGAUUUAGAGUAGUGGGAUAUGAAAUGAAUGUCAAGGAGCGAGAGGAGAUGUAUAGACAUGGAGGAUUGUUCUCGGUGACAAGCAAGAUCCUGGUGAAUGACUUCUUGAAGGGGACGAUACCGGCCAAACUUAUUACUGGUCUUGUCAUACUCCACGCAGAGAGAGUAUCUCAUGGAAGUCAAGAGGAGUUUGCUGUUCGUCUGUACCGACGAGAGAAUCAGAGCGGUUUCUGCAAAGCUUUUUCCGACGAACCCGAGAUGUUCGCGCAUGGUAUAUCACCGUUGAAAGAUAUGUUGGUGAAUCUAAAUAUGAACAGCGUGAUGAUAUGGCCAAGGUUCAACGAAGAUGUAAAGCAAGCUUUAGCGAGUCGGAGAGCAGAUGUAGUUGAGAUGUAUCAGCCUAUGACGGAUCUUAUGAGACAAUGUCAGGAUAGUAUAACGGAAUGUAUGGAAGCUAUGUUAGUGGAACUCAAGAGGGAUCAUUCUUUGAACCUUGAUCUGGAAGACAUCAACGUCCGGAAUGCCCAAUUCAAGAAUUUCGAUACCAUUGUUCGGUCAAAGUUGAAACCAGUCUGGCACAAAGUGGGUGCAAAAACCAAGAUUCACGUUGCUGCUUUGACGGAAUUGAGGAAUUUACACACAUGGCUACUGGAGUACGAUUCCGCUACAUUCGCCUCAUACAUCAAUACGCUGCAAAGACAACAUUUCCAAGCAGAAAAAUUGGCUACUGGGCCAGCUAGACAUGUACACGAUUGGUUCAAUGCGAAAUCAGCUAGUAAAUUGGUAGAAGCGUCUCAAGCUAGAGUAUCACAUAAAGCACCUAUAAUGGACAAUGAGCAUCAUGAUGAUUCUUCGUCGCGCGAAGAGGUCAGAGAAGGCCCACAGGGGGUCGACGAAGGUGUAGAUGAGUUCAGGGAUGAGGAAGAAGCACUCAGAGCAGCUGAGAGUAUGGCAACCACGAAUGGGACAGCUGAUGAUGAGAACGAAGAUGAGAUUAUGGAAGUAUUCGCUACUCAAACUCAGACUGUACCUCAGACGCAAAAUGACGAUGAAGACGAGGCAAUGGUAGAGAUAGGAACGAAUGGGGAUGGAGAUGGAGAGGACUCGCUCAGAGAGGCUACAGGUGAUGCUCCGCCAGUGUUUAGACCUGUUCUAGUAGGAUUGGAGGAAGGUCUAUCACGAAGUGUCAAGAAAAGGUUGAGAAAAGGUCAUGAAGCAGUCUUGGAAGAACAACCGAAAUGGAGUUUGUUAGCAAAGGUAUUGAAGGAGAUCGAAGACACCAUUGCUAGGGUGACAGAAUCGCACGCUGACUCACCUGGAACCAACAUCGUCUUGAUAAUGUGUUCGUCCGAUCGGACAUGUUUGCAACUACGUCAAUACCUAACAACGAUGCAAAAAACCGAUCCGGCCUUCGGUCCGAAGGCAGGAAAGAAAAUGAUGGAAACUUUGUUUUUGUCGAAUUGGCAACAUGAGAAAAACGGAGAAAGACUAUCGGAUCCAAACAAGAUGAAGGGGGAUGAAGGUGAUGAGGUGCGAGUAAAAAGAGGUGAGAUGGAAGAAAAGAGGUUAGAGGACGCGAACCAACGAAGGGGGGCCAACGGGAACAGAGGUAGAGGUGUACCUGCCUACAAACGAAGGAGGGUAAGAGGUGGCGCGGCUGCUGCGAUGGCUGCUCCCAGAUUGGCUGAUAUGGAAAGGGAUCACAAGGAGACGAUGAUGAAAGCUCAAUCUGCUUUUGCCGGUGGUGAUGAGGGUAUGGAGGAUCAGCAGAUGCAAUGGGCUUUGGCCGAGUCGUCAAGAGGGGCUGGAUUGUCUUCGUCUACACCUGCGCCUGAUCCGAGUUUAGCGUUACUAGCUCGAUCAGGUGUUGUGGAAGAACAAGAUCUCGACCCGACGACUUCAUCAUUGACUUUCUCAUACACUUCUUCGACGUCCAAUCGAUUCCCCGACAGCUCAGGCUAUGAUUUUGGUCUGAUGCCUGAAAACUUUGAAGAUGAAUAUGGACUUUUGGCACCUGAAGACACAGUCAUAAUACGGCCGUACGGAGGUGAAGAUGAUGAUAUCUUGUUGCAAGAGCUGAGACCUAGAUUUGUGGUUAUGUACGAACCGAAUCUUGCUUUUAUACGGCGACUGGAGGUUUACAAAAACAGUAAUCCGGGUUUGGCACUUCGAGUGUAUCAGAUGAUUUAUACCAAUUCAUUCGAGGAAGACAGAUUCUUGUCGACGAUAACGAGAGAGGCCGAGGCUUUCAAGAAGCUCAUAGAUGAUAGACAGACAAUGGUCAUCCCCAUAUACAACAAUAAUCCUCGAGCACCAAUGAGAGACAACGUGACUCGUUCGAAGACCACCUACUCGUCGAGGAAUGCCGGUGGUGGUGAGCCUGUUGAAGAUGCUCGUAUAAUCGUCGAUAUACGAGAGAUGGGAGCACUCCUUCCGUCUCUUAUCGAUGCUGCAGGUAUCAAAGUUGUACCUACUACGCUGACCGUGGGAGAUUACAUCUUGUCGCCUAAGAUGUGUGUGGAGAGAAAGGCUUUACCCGAUUUGGAGGCGAGUUUUGCAAAUGGUCGAUUACACACACAAUGCGAAUCGAUGACUGCUCAUUAUGAGAUCUGCAUCUUGCUUAUCGAGUUCGAAGAAGAUAAAUUCGGACUGAGGACCCGUGAGGAUGCCCGACGAGAAACUGCCGGACGAUCGUCCGAAAAAGACGACUCAUGGCGCGAUACAUUCUACCUCCAAUCAAAAUUAGUGUUAUUAACACUGCAUUUUCCGAAAUUGCGGAUUAUCUGGUCUUCGUCGCCACAUGAAUCCGUAAGGAUAUUAUCGGACUUGAAGCUGAACCACGAUGAACCCGAUGAGAUGAUUGCCACGAUGAAGGGAACGACCUCAGAAGGAGGAGUGACUGAAUCGUUCAGAAGUGGAAUCGAAAAUACAGGUUCGGUAGAAAUGUUACGUUCCAUACCUGGUGUAAGUGGACGGAAUCUGAAGUUGGUGAUGAGUAAGAUCGAAUCGAUAAGGGAUUUAGUUCGGAUGAAUAAGAGGGAGAUGAAGGGUUUGCUAGGUGAUGAGAAUGGAGAGAAGUGCUGGGAGUUUGUAAAUCACGAUUCGAGGUAUAGGAGGUAUUAG